AUGGCCCACCGCCUUCUACACGCCACGCUCCGCGAAUCCGGCCUCUCCUCCGUUGCCGCCACCGGCCGCGACGCCUGGCUGGUCAUCCUGUCACGCUCCUGCCGCAUGUUUGCCUACGGCGGCGGCUCGCUCGUGCUAGCCCUCUUCUUCGCCGAGCUGGGCUUUUCCGACUCGCGCAUCGGCCUGUUCAUGACCCUGACGCUGUUUGGGGAUGUCGUGUUGACGUUGUUGCUGACGCUGGUGGCGGAUCGGGUGGGGAGAAGGAGGACGCUGCUGUUUGGGUCGGGGCUGAUGGUUUUGUCCGGGGUGGUGUUUGCGCUGUGUGAGGAGUUUUGGGCGUUGUUGGGGGCGGCGGUCGUGGGGGUCAUUAGUGCGACGGGAGGGGACUUUGGGCCGUUUAGGGCCGUAGAGGAGUCCAUUGUUUCGGAGCUGACGACGCCGAGGACGCGGGCCGAUGUGUUGGUGUGGUAUGUUACGUUGGCGAGUUUGGGGAGUGCGUUGGGGACGGAGUUGUCCGGGAGGAUGGUUGAAGGGUUGAGGGGGCGCGAGGGGUGGGCGCUGGUGGAUGCGUAUCAUGCGUGUUUUUGGGUGUACACUGGUAUGGGAUUGGUUAAUAUGGGGUGUGCUCUCAUGUUGUCGAAGCGGUGCGAGCUGAAAAGGGUUGAGCCGGUGGAGGGUGAGACUGAACCGCUCCUCAGCGGGUCGCAGGUGACGGAACCAGUAACGGAUGGUGGGAAGGUGCCCAAGGCGAAGUCAAGCUGGGUUUCCCAGAUCUCGCGCGAGACGCUCGCCAUCAUGGUGGUGAUGUGGUUCCUCCUCAUGGUCGACUCCCUCGCCGACGGCAUGGCCAACAUGUCGCUGACGACUUACUACAUCGACCAGAAGUUCCACCUCCCCAAGUCGGCGCUCGGCGACAUCGUCUCGAUCAGCCACCUCCUCGCGGCGCUGUCAAACGUCUUCUCUGGGCCGCUGGCACGCUAUAUCGGGUUGGUCAACACCAUGGUCUUCACCCACAUUCCGUCAUCAGCAGCGGUUUUGGUGUUUCCCCUAGCCCAGACCGUGCCUCUCACCUUUGCGUUGCUGCUUCUACGGGUUGGGCUCAACAACAUGGACCAGGCGCCUCGGGCUGCACUCAUCGCGGCCGUGGUACGUCCCGAGGAGCGGACAGCCGUCAUGGGCAUUACGGGCAUGUUGCGGACGCUGGCGUCCAUGACCGGGCCCAGCAUCACAGGUUUGCUGGCGGGAGGUGGUAAAUUUUGGGUGGCUUUUGUGGUUGCCGGUGCCCUGAGGUUGGCGUAUGAUGUUGGCCUCUUUGCGCUGUUUAUCAACAUCAAGCUGUACAAACACGAGGCAACGGAGGAUCAACCUGAGGAGGUGGCGGAAGGAAGCCCGGUAUCUUCGCCGACAGGGCAAACGGAGCAACCUUAA